CAUGUUCACACGGCUUCUUUUCUGCUAUUCACAGAUGACUUCCCCAGUAAAGGUCUACUACAGCCAGACAACGCAGACAGACAACCGGCCUCUGAUUGGAUCAAACCUACGGCGGAGACGUGUAAUGACAAAGGAUGGACGGAGCAAUGUGCGCAUGGACCACAUCACCGAUAAGAGCUUUCUCUACCUGAAGGACUUGUGGACCACCUUCAUUGACAUGCAAUGGCGUUACAAACUGCUCCUAUUCUCUGCCACCUUUGCAGGAACUUGGUUUGUCUUUGGUGUGAUUUGGUACUUGGUUGCCUUAGUACAUGGCGACCUCCUGGAGUUCAACGCUCCCGCUAACCACACGCCUUGCGUCAUGCAGGUCCACACGUUAACCGGAGCAUUCCUUUUUUCUAUGGAAUCACAGACCACCAUCGGUUAUGGCUUCCGUUACAUCAGCGAGGAGUGCCCACUAGCCAUUGUGCUGCUGAUCAGCCAGCUCGUUCUAACCACAAUCCUGGAAAUCUUCAUCACUGGAACCUUCCUGGCAAAAAUCGCUCGGCCUAAAAAAAGGGCGGAGACCAUCAAGUUCAGCCAGAAUGCUGUGGUGGCACAACACGAAGGCAAGCUACAUCUAAUGAUUCGUGUGGCCAACAUGCGCAAGAGUCUGCUGAUCGGAUGCCAAGUGACUGGCAAGCUUCUGCAGACACAGGCCACCAAAGAAGGUGAGAAUGUCCAUCUGAACCAGUUCAAUGUGGACUUCCAGGUGGACACUUCGUCCGACAGUCCCUUCCUAAUCCUGCCUCUCACUUUCUAUCAUGUAGUCGAUGAGGCUAGUCCGCUGAGGGAGACAGCCAUGCGUUCCGGCGAAGGGGACUUUGAACUGGUGGUCAUCCUUAGUGGAACAGUGGAACCUACAAGUGCUACUUGCCAGGUCCGCACAUCCUACCUUCCAGAAGAGAUACUUUGGGGCUAUGAGUUCAGUCCUAUCAUUUCCUUAUCCUCCAAUGGAAAGUACGUGGCUGACUUUAGCUUAUUUGAUCAGGUUCUCAAAGUGUCGCCGCCGUGCUGUUUCCAUGAGACUGUCCGGUUUGGAGACCCGGAAAAGCUGAAACUAGAAGAGUCCCUCCGGGAUAAGCCUGAGAAAGAUGGGAGUCCGCUGAGUGUGAGGAUCAGCAAUGUUUGAUAUCUAGACAUAAGAAAUAUGGUUACUUUCUACAGUAGGAACCUGUUCAGCCUUGUCAGGCCUUAUAUAAUAACUUCUAGGACUUUAUAGAGAACCCACCAGGUGAAUGUUUCUGCAGAUACGAGGCAUUAUUCUAUUGUACUGUAGGAUUGGAUCCUAUACAGAGAAGCUGGACUGUGUACGUCAUUAUGUGUAAGCAGCUGAAAUGUAAUGUGUGAUGGAGCGGUCAGAUGUGGGCUCAGUUACGUGAUGGGGGGUUUGAAGUGUUUCAGUCUGGUCAAUGCAGCAUUCCCUCAUACAAGGGGAAUACAACAAUCCUGGAGGAUGUUCCUAUGGAUCCGAGCCAUCGCUGCCACUGACCAUGGUGCCCGGCCCGGGAUGGUGCUGUCUCCACGUCCUAUCUUCAUCCAGCGUGGAGAUUACCCAGGUACCAUAAGGAAUAAGCUGGAUCCUGCAGCAGGCUCCAUACAGAAGGAAGGACAUUAAUCACUUGGGGGGGGAGCUGCUAUAUGGAGGAGGUGGCAGAGAAUCAGUGUCUUUACUAACCCUGCACCUUAUGUAUGAAUGUAUGUGUUCCAUUGUAUCGUCCACCAGAUACAACCCAAUUAAAGGGACUUUACACCCUGCUAGAAAUUAAAACAAUUAAUGCACAAA